AUGGCUCUCCAUUUCCGGAGAAUAGUUUCGUUAUUAUUGAGAGAGUUUUUGAAGAACCACCAUACCAAGCCUACAAAUGAAAUUUACGCUGAAAAUAUGAUAAAUUUUAUGGUUGAACUCGUGACUCAUCACGGAUGUAUGACUCAGCUUUCGAAAAAUAUUUUAUCUAUCAUAUGUAAUGACAAUUUAAUAAUAACGAUUGACAGAAACGCAAAGAAUACAGUAGCCAUGUGGCUGCGACGCAGAAAACCUCUUAUAG